ACAUACAUCGAAACAUUUCGAGCUAUUUAUAAUUUUAAUGAUCUUGCGUUGAAAACUAAAGUAAACAGCGUCGAAAUGUUAGGAAACCUUCGCGGAGUUUCGCCGUUAUCCGAAACGAUGUCGGAGGGCACGUUGGAGAGAAACCGCGCAGAGAGAGCACUUAUAACUAAAACACCCGCCCAAAGUCAGGUCUUCCUCAAUAAAUCUAACGUGAAGAAUUAUUCCGAUAAAAAUGGUAAUGAAGUAAGCAAGAAUGUGAGCAAGGGGCGCAAAACGUUUGCAUUUUGGACGCUGGUGUGUCUGCUGUUUAUACUGGCGAUCGGAAAUUUGGUUCUAACUUUCACCAUUUUGGCUGUCUUGAGACUUGGACAUGGCAUGGAAAGUAUGGAGUUCCUGCCGGAGCAUAACGCCAUCAAACUCCUAGGGGAGGCAGGGCUGGAGCACGUCUACAAGAGAGAUGGUCUCCUGGAGAGCUUCCGUGACGCACCCCUGGCCAUCACCAGCGAAAACGGCUCCGUAUUGUUCAACUUGCAGACACGUGUCUCCCGUUCGGACACGAAGCUGGUGGUGAACGCAUCAGGGGUCUUCAUACGAGGAGUGAGCUCCUUAGAGCUGGUGGACCCGGAGACAGGGGACGUGGUCUUCAGCACCAACUCGCCGGAGAUGACCAUACCGGAGGGGGUCAAUAACCUGCACGCUAAGCAAAUCUCGACCAAACGCAUCACGUCCCCAGUCGAUAGUGACUUGCAGCUGCGAACAGAGGCGUCUGCCCACCUCCGUGGCGCCGAGGGCACGCACAUGGAGUCCAAAGAUCUGUUCUGGACUGCCGACCAGGAUAUAUACCUCAAAUCCAUUAACGGGUCCAUAGUUUUGAGUGGAAAAGAGGGUGUGUUUAUAGAUGUAAGGUAUCUACCAAUAGCGUUACCUGUUAACAAGACUGAGAGGUUGGGCUCAGGGCAAUUUAAGGUGUGUGUAUGCAUGCCUCAGGGGAAGUUGUUCAGGGUUGCCGUGCCGACGGGGCAGCGAGUCACCUGUUCACACAUCAACGUCACUGGGGAACUCAACCCUUGUAAUUAACCCUUUCACUGGCAGAGACCAUGGGUCAUUCUUCUUGUAGUUUCGAUGGCAUUCAGAUUUUUUGUAGUAUUUUGCUACCCGGACAGCAUUUUCGGUGGCAUUCAUCAGCUACAGCGUACAGUCAUGAGCAAUAUCAUGUACCCACUUUAGAACCUUGUCGCACUAUCAUAUUUGACAUUUAAUGAGACUUACAGUUUCAUUUAACAGCCUCCGUGGUCUAGUGGUUAGAGCGUUAGGCUCACGAUCUGGAGGUCCGGGUUCGAUUCCCGAUGUGGACAUUGUCGAAAUCACUUUGUGAGACUGUCCUUUGUUUGGUAAGGACUUUCAGGCUUGAAUCACCUGAUUGUCCGAAAAACUAAGACGAUUCCGUGCUUCGGAGGGCACGUUAAGCCGUUGGUCCCGGCUAUUAGUCGUAAAAACACCUCCACCAACCCGCAGUGGAGCAGCGUGGUGGAGUAUGCUCCAUACCCCCUCCGAUUGAUUGAGGGGAGGCCUGUGCCCAGCAUUGGGACGUAUAUAGGCUGUUGAUGAUGACAGUUUCAUUUGUCAAAAAAGUUAAUGUGACAUGGUACCAACCGGUGACCGGUCACGAGCAUUAAUAUGUAUACACUUUGGUACCAUGUCACAUUAACUUUUUUGACAAAUUGAACUGUAAGUCUCACUAAAUGUCAAAUAUGUUAGUGCGACAGAGUCCUAAAGUGGGUACAUUAUAUUGCUAAUAUUAUUCAAUAGGUGGCCACAUUGGGCAUUUGGGGUGCAUGAUUCAGACCACGAUUCUGAGUUAAUAUGAAGUGGAAUUUUCCCUUGUAAAAGUAUGGGACUGAAAAUUAAAAAAAGAACAUUCAUGAAUUUUCCGAUAGGAAAAUCCAACCAACCCUUGAUAUCAACUCAGAAUCAUGGUCUGAAUCAUCCCCCUCAGUAUUCGUUACGAUGUCACUAACACUCUGUAUAAAUAUGAUAUUCUCUAGUCACAAUUUAUAGUAUAAAAUAUACGUACUUACUUAGUAAAACUUUUACAAUUUUUGUUUUUUGUUAAGUAUACUUAUUACAAAAAAGUAUAAUAUAUAAAAAUAUGUCUUUAAAAUGUAUUAGGUAGACGAUAAGCAAUAAUAUUAUUAUUGUAUAAAAUUAAUUAUAUUACAUAUAAGUAUAUCUAAAAAUAAGUAACUAACACAGUUGGCUCGACCAUUAUAGAAGACGAUACAUUGGUCUAACAGAAAGCUCGGUGGAGCAUGGGUCAUGAGCAAUAUAAUGUACCCACUUUAGGACUCUGUCGCACUAACAUAUUUGACAUUUACUGAGACUUACAGUUCAAUUUGUCAAAAAAGCUAAUGUGACAUGGUACCAAAAUGUAUACAUAUUAAUGCUCGUCACCGUACUUAGUACACCUUGAGAUGGAUCAAUCAAUCAAUCAAUCAAUAAUACUUUAUUGCACAACGACAUAUACAAAGGACAUAAACAUAUAAAAAUAAAAACAUAAGCACAAUAGGCGGCCUUAUUGCUAAACAGCAAUUUCUACCAGGCAACCUUAGGGCGAGAGAUUAUGCAUUGGAGCACGGGCUGGUGCAAUAAACAUUAUAAUGAUACCAACAUAACUAAAAAAGAAUGUACUAAAGAAUGCAAUGGAUGUACUUCUGACUACCCCAAUUGGGAUAUAGGCAGGUUUUUACUUUUAAAAUAAAGAUAUUCAUAUCACACAUUAUGUCUAAUAUGUUAUCGAAAUGUAAGAUGCUUUUUGUAAAGUAGUGAAGCAUCAGGCAUAUCGAAUUAUUAAACGAAAUUUCCACAA